AGCGGGCGGAGCCUGCGGAGGUCCUGACGGGAAGGUCUUUUUGUUUGGGCUGCAGAGAGAUUCGACGUUUGAUUCCCCUGUUAACAACCGUUUUUUAUCUGCAUUAAUUUCGAGUGUCUUUUAUGAAUAAUCAAAAGCAGCAAAAGCCAACGCUAACCGGCCAGCGUUUCAAAACGAGGAAAAGAGAUGAAAAGGAGAGGUUUGACCCUACUCAGUUUCAAGAAAGUAUCGUACAAGGUUUGAAUCAAACUGGCACUGAUUUGGAAGCGGUCGCAAAGUUCCUUGAUGCCUCUGGCGCCAAGCUUGACUACCGCCGGUAUGCAGAGACACUCUUUGACAUCCUGGUGGCCGGCGGCAUGCUGGCCCCAGGCGGGACUCUGUCUGAUGACAUGACCCGCACUGAGUUCUGCCUUUUCACGGCACAAGAGGACCUGGAGACAAUGCAAGCAUACGCUCAGGUUUUUAACAAGCUGAUCAGGCGUUACAAGUACCUGGAGAAGGGUUUCGAAGAGGAGAUCAAGAAGUUGCUGCUGUUUCUAAAGGGGUUCACUGAGUCUGAGCGCAACAAGCUGGCCAUGCUGACUGGCAUCCUACUGGCCAAUGGCAACAUAUCAGCCUCCAUCCUGAACAGCCUCUUCAACGAGAACCUUGUCAAAGAGGGAGUCUCUGCAGCCUUUGCUGUCAAGCUGUUCAAGUCAUGGAUCAACGAAAAGGACAUCAAUUCUGUUGCUGGCAGUCUCCGCAAAGUUGGCAUGGACAACAGACUGAUGGAGCUCUUUCCUGCCAAUAAACGAAGCUGCGAGCAUUUUUCUAAGUACUUCACCGACGCUGGGCUGAAGGAGCUGUCAGACUUUGCCCGCAACCAGCAAUCCAUCGGUGCCCGGAAGGAGCUGCAGAAGGAGCUCCAGGAGCAGAUGUCCCGCGGCGACCCUCAGAAGGAGAUUAUCGCCUUCACUAGGGAGGAAAUGAAAAAGGCCAGUCUGUCUGAGCAGGCCAUGAUCGGCAUCAUCUGGACCAGCGUGAUGAGCUGCGUGGAGUGGAACAAAAAGGAAGAGCUGGUGACCGAACAAGCCAUCAAACACUUGAAGCAAUAUAGCCCUCUGCUGAAAGCCUUCACCUCCCAGGGUCUGUCUGAACUCAGCCUGCUCCUGAAGAUCCAGGAGUAUUGCUAUGACAACAUCCACUUCAUGAAGGCCUUUCAGAAGAUCGUGGUGCUCCUCUACAAAGCGGAUGUAUUGAGUGAAGAGGCCAUACUGAAGUGGUACACUGAAACCCACGUCGCCAAGGGGAAGAGUGUUUUCCUCGAGCAGAUGAAAAAAUUUGUCGAGUGGCUGAAGAAUGCAGAGGAAGAGUCGGAAUCAGACGAAGAGGAGGCGGACUAAGACCUCCUUUGCCACAUGAGCUGUUUUCUUUCUUUUCUAAGUAGCAGCAGGAGCAGUAGAGUAUCACCUUCUUUUCUCUCUUCUACCUCCUGUUACUUUAACCCCAAACACAGAUGCGCACCCUUCCACCACUCAGAGCAUUUAAAUGUUAUUUAAGCAAAAUCAGGAAGGGCUCAGUCCUUGUCAACAUAAAUGUCACAGUGAAAGAGGCAAACGAUGAAUUGUUCUUUUUGGUAUCACUGUUGUAAUUCCUUGUGUAAUUUGGGUACAAAACAUUCCAUGUGAUCUUGAUGGCCUCUGCUUGUACAAAUCCGAGCCAGAAUUUGGUUAAAAUUGGAGUUUGCCCCUUUUUUUGUCAUGUGACAAUGAGGCCGACAAAAACAUCAAUGCAGUUUUGCCAAAGUUUUAUUUAUUUUUUUCUCCUUUCUCUUCCCUUUGACUUUAUAUUCACCCAGCUCAUGUUUGGCUCCCAUUUGGUCUUAAACUUUGCCUUCUUUCUCAACUUUGGGAUAAACCUGUACCGCGUGUCACGACCUCCGUGGUCGGUCUGUCAGAAGACGCGCCCCCUGUAACAUGCCUCGCCAGCUCACCGAUUAUUGGUUUCUACUUUCUUUAAUCUGAUAAAAAACCAAUUGACUUUUUUAUGAAAUAAAGAUUAUUGAAAUGGUUAAA